AUGAAGGCCACUCUCGUAUCCGCGCUCGCGCUGCUUGCCCGUCAAGCCACCGCUCACAUGGCCAUCACCUACCCGCCGCCUCUGCGAUCCAAGGAGAACCCCUUCGCUGGCUACGACAUUGACUACAGCAUCACCAGCCCCCUGAGUGCUUCCGGCAGCGACUUCCCCUGCAAGGGAACCUUGAACCUCCUCGGCACUGAGAAGGCUUCUCCCGUCGCCACUUGGCAGGCUGGUCAGGCUUACAGCAUGACCAUCGCCGGUGGUGCCAAUCACAACGGAGGGAGUUGCCAGGCCGCCCUCUCUUUUGACAGCGGGAAUACCUUUACCGUCAUCCACAGCUACAUCGGCGCAUGUCCCGUCGCUGGCACCUCAUCUCUCAAGUUUACCUUGCCGGCCGACACUCCUUCUGCCAAGGACGCCAUCUUCGCCUGGACCUGGUUCAACAAUAUCGGUAACCGAGAGUUCUACAUGAACUGCGCCGUCAUUACCAUCACUGGCGGUGGCGCUGGAGGCAACGUCGCCACCUCAUUCAGCAGCCGACCCCAGAUCUUCAAGGCCAACAUCGCCAACGGCUGCAGCACCCUGGAGGGAUCCGACGUCAUGUUCCCCGACCCUGGCCCAGAUGUCACCACGGCUGGCACCAGAACUGCCGCCCCUGUCGGCAACUGCGGUGCCGUUGUUGCCCCCAAUCCCGGAACCGGUGGCGGCUCUGGUGGAGGUAGCGGCGGUAACCCUCCCAGCAGCCCCAGCUCCGUCGUUGUCCCUGUCCCGUCUGUUCCCCAGACCACUCAGCCCAGCACCUCGGCCACUACCACUCGUGCUGCUGGAGGAGCGCCCUCUCUCCCCGGCGGUGUCUUCAUAACGGUCUCGGCCUCCAACAAUGCCCCUGCUGUCUCGUCCGUUCAACCAACUACUUUCGCGACCAUCAGCCAGCCAGCUGCGACUAGUGAAGAGUGCACCUCGGAGCUUGAAGUCCCAACCGUGGCGCCCGCUCCAACCUCGGCAGUAGUCUCCUCCGUUGCUCCCUCCGUUGCACCGUCUGCUGUGCCAUCCGUCGCCCCCUCUCCCGGCGUUGGAUCCGGUGGCGAUGCUGCCGACGGCUCCAUGACCCCUGGCAAGGCUUGCAACCCCGAGGGUCAAUGGAACUGCGUUUCCGGUUCCCAUUUCCAACGUUGUGCCUCUGGUCAGUGGUCGGUGCUCAUGAGUAUGGCUCCUGGCACCAAAUGCCAGUCUGGUACGACUGAGGUCUUGGUCUGGCAGAAGAAGAGAGCCCACGGUCGCCGAUCGCUCCGCUUCAGACACCACAUCUAA